AGACUGGGCAGGCAGGGAGAGGGGGCAGCAGAAUGAUAACCAGCCUGGCGGCAAAGAGGGGAGCCCUCACCCCAUGGGCAGACCUCCAAGAGUCUGAGGCUUUGGGCCUAUGAUGCUAAUAGUUCGAGAACUCAAGGGGCAACGGAGGAGCUGGAUGCCAGCUGGGCACUCAGGCCAAUAGCCGACGGCUCACCCCCUUCGUCGGUCAUGGACACCCCUGGCUAUCCUUCACCAGUGCCCACGACCUUGCAGCCUGAGAACUCCUCCUUGACCUGGCCCCCAGAUGCCACCCUGGGCAAUGCGUCGGCAGACCCGAGCCCGGCAGGACUGGCUGUCAGCGGCGUUCUCAUCCCGCUGGUCUACCUGGUGGUGUGCGUGGUGGGCCUGCUGGGCAACUCGCUGGUCAUCUACGUGGUCCUGCGGCACACGGCCACCCCCUCAGUCACCAACGUCUACAUCCUCAACCUGGCACUGGCCGAUGAGCUCUUCAUGCUGGGGCUGCCCUUCCUGGCCGCCCAGAACGCUCUGUCCUACUGGCCCUUCGGCUCCCUCAUGUGCCGCCUGGUCAUGGCCGUGGACGGCAUCAACCAGUUCACCAGCAUCUUCUGCCUCACCGUCAUGAGCGUGGACCGCUACCUGGCCGUGGUGCACCCCACCCGCUCGGCCCGCUGGCGCACAGCGCCCGUGGCCCGCACGGUCAGCGCGGCUGUCUGGGUGGCCUCGGCUGUGGUGGUGCUGCCCGUAGUGGUCUUCUCGGGCGUGCCCCGCGGCAUGAGCACCUGCCACAUGCAGUGGCCCGAGCCGGCCGCGGCCUGGCGGGCCGGCUUCAUCAUCUACACGGCCGCGCUGGGCUUCUUUGGGCCGCUGCUGGUCAUCUGCCUCUGCUACCUUCUCAUCGUGGUGAAGGUGCGCUCGGCUGGGCGCCGGGUGUGGGCGCCCUCGUGCCAGCGGCGGCGGCGCUCCGAGCGCAGGGUCACACGCAUGGUGGUGGCCGUGGUGGCGCUCUUCGUCCUCUGCUGGAUGCCCUUCUACGUGCUCAACAUCGUCAACGUGGUGUGCCCACUGCCCGAGGAGCCGGCCUUCUUCGGUCUCUACUUCCUGGUGGUGGCGCUGCCCUAUGCCAACAGCUGCGCCAACCCCAUCCUUUAUGGCUUCCUCUCCUACCGCUUCAAGCAGGGCUUCCGCAGGGUCCUGCUGCGGCCCUCUCGCCGUGUGUGCAGCCAGGAGCCCGCCGCAGGGCCUCCGGAGAAGACCGAGGAGGAGGACGAGGAGGAGGAUGGGGAGGAGAGCAGGGAGGAGGGGAAGGGGAAGGAGAUGAACGGCCGGGUCAGCCAGAUCGCGCCGUCUGGCACCGGUGGGCAGGAGCGGCCGCCCAGCAGAGUGGCCGGCAAGGAGCAGCUGUUCCUGCCCCAGGAGCCCUCCGCGGCAGAGAAGUCUGGCAAGCUGCACAUCAGCUAUCUGUAGAGGCCUGGGGAGGACCGGGGUGGCCCGAGGAAGGGGCAGAGGCCAUAGUGUGCCUGAGGUGCCCGAGGCCCACAGUGGGAUCCUCAGAGGCCCGGGCUCUGAUUCCCUGCUGCAGGGACCGGCUGUGUGACCCUGGGUAGGUCACUUCCACCCUCUGGGCCUCCUCUUCUCCUCUGUGACUCAGGGAUGGGCGUAAGGAGCCUGGAUGAGCUCUGUCGGAUGACAGAUCUGGAGGGCAGUGCUGCUGGGCUGACCUGGCCAGUGGGGCCCAGGUUGAGGGGUGAGUACAGACUGCCCCCUGCUCAGAGACAGGGCGUCCUGGGGGGCCAGCCUGAAUCUCCAUCCUCAGGGGAUAAACCAAGGUUCGAAUUUCCUGGACUCAGAGUCAGGGACACAAGAGAUGCUGGAGCCCCAAACAGACGGCAGUCUAACUUGGUGGGAUAAUGGGAUAAAAACCGCUCAGGUCCCUGAUCGGUGCCCCCACCCCCAGCUGGCUGUGAGGCCUUGGGCUGCCUCUGUUCCUCUCUAGGCCUCAGGCCCACCUGCUGGGUAACCCAAUAACCUCUGGGCCUUUUGGCCUGGACAGUCAGUGCUGGAGGUCCUGUGCUCCCGGACGUGAGGGAAAGGGGUGAACUUUCUAGAAAGCCAAAUCCAGCUUCAGGGUCCCUACUGCU